AUGACUGAUAGAAAGUUCAAUCCUCUCACAGCCGCGGCUGACCGAUGGAACACAGACGCAGUGGUCGCUGUGAAGGAAGUGUUCCAGUCAUCAUCACAGGUGGACGCCUCUCUCAUCAUUAUUGCUGGAAAAAGUUUCACUGUAAGUCUUUUCAUUCGUCUCCCUAUCAUGGCAAACAGUGAACAGCUGUCUCUGUACAUUAGCGCGGAGAGAGACAAGGCACAACCAUUUCAGGGACAAAUCGAAGACCUCCUCGGGGACUCGCGAGGAGCUGCAGUGUUUGAGACGACCUCCAACACCUCUCGGCUUGGCCAGGUCGUCGCCAGUGCCCGACAGGUGCGGCAGGCGUCAUGGGAGGCAGUGGUGAUAAUAGUGAGUGACGACCCAGCCUUUCUCGUCGCCUUCGCGCUACAGGCACGCGAGACUCGCCUCUUUGUGUGGGCAACAAAACUCAUCGUGGUGACACGUCACUGGCCUCACCGCCUCCAUCCCCUCCACCAGACGCUCUCCCUCACCAACUCCCUCCUCGUGGUGCUGGACGCAGAUGUAGAGAUAUCGAGGUUCUCUGGGGAGAUAAAUCUGCUGGUGGCGAUGGAACAGAACCACGGGAACAAGAUGGUCAUGAAGCCAGACCCAACAGUCCCGGGCGGUCAGAGGCUGCUCUUCAGGGGAUACAUGGUUCCCGUCCUCGAGUACUUGGCGCAAGGGCUCAACUUUUCGUUCUCUGGGGAGAUAAAUCUGCUGGUGGCGAUGGAACAGAACCACGGGAACAAGAUGGUCAUGAAGCCAGACCCAACAGUCCCGGGCGGUCAGAGGCUGCUCUUCAGGGGAUACAUGGUUCCCGUCCUCGAGUACUUGGCGCAAGGGCUCAACUUUUCAGAUUUCGGCCAGCACAAAGCUUUGAUCUCCAAACUACUGUCCUUCAACUUCUAUUCUUCUCUUUGCAACUUCAUCCCAAGUUUUCUCUCCAACCAUUCUAUUGUUGCUGUGGAUGUCAACAUUGGCCUGGGACCUUUUUCCAUUGAUGCUGCCCGCAAUGAGGUCAUUGAAUUCACUUGGCCAAUUUCCUUCGUGGUGGUCAAAGUGUUUGCGGGUCGAGGGAGUCCUGAGGUGGACCCAUGGGCCUUCCUGCUGCCCCUUACCCCAGGGGUGUGGGCAGCGAUGAUUGCUUCCGUUCUGCUGCUUUCCAUCAUCACAUUCUUUCUCUCUACAGUGUUCUUGCAAAACCACCUUAAUAUAGAACAUUUUGUCACAAGAAACCUCCACUUCCUCAGUAUUGUGCUUCGCCAGUGUGAGUAUUCUGUCACCAUUGCUGUGUGGAUGGGCAACACUUGGUGGUGGGAGCGUGUGAUGCUGGGGCUGUGGAUGAUGGUGACUCUGGUUCUAAUGAGGAGCUAUGAGAGCACUUUGAUGUCCCUCCUGGCUGUGAGGCACAUGCCACAGCCUUACCAGACCCUCAGGGCAGUGCUUGAUGACAAUGCAGUGGGCAUGGUGUGGCACAAGCAGGGUGCAGUCAUGCAGGCAAUAAUGGAUGCCACAUCUGGGAUUUUCUGUGAGGUGAAAGCGAGUGAAGAAGAAGGUCGGCUCACUAAGCUGCCAUUGUUUGCAUACGCCUCCAUUGUGGAUGAGAUUAUAUCACAAAGCAAAGUAAUCAUUGAUUACGAUGUAAUAACAACAGUCGUCAGAAACGAGCAUUUUUCUAGAACAGGGCGAUGUGACUUCUACUUUGGACAUGAGCGUAUUCUGUCUCAUCCCAUAUCACUGAUCAGCCAGAAGGACAGCCCUCUCAUCCCAGUCUUCAACAAACGAAUAACAUCCAUGAAUGAAGCAGGCCUGUAUAACUACUGGGAGAUGGAUAUGAUGCCUAAUUCAAGUGCGUGUGAGCAGGUGCCGACCAAGAUUACCGUCAGCUCGUCUCUGUCACUCAGGCAAUGCUGGGCCAUGCUGGUGGUGCUUGGUGGGGGCCUGGCUGUGGGCGUAAUCACACUAAACAUAGAACUGGUGGUCGCCGAAAUCAUGCGUCACUGA